AGGGCCACCGUACAAAAAGGCUCAAAGUUGCAGCGGAAGAGCUCCUGACAGUCCUCACCCAGGGCCACAGUUGAAGACACCAUACUGUCCACUAUUGGUCAGCCUGCACGUGACGUCAGACGUGUGUCAUACCUCAGAGGAAGCGGGAACCGCACCACCCUCGAUUAAACUGAAUUUGUCUCCACGCUGGCUUGCCUGCGGACUAAAAAAAUCUGAAGCUUCACAAAUGGCUGGAGAGAAGGAAAUAUGGCAAAAGAUCGGGGAGGGCUUCGUUCAGGCAUACUACAACCAGUUUGACAAUACCAACAGGAUGGAGCUGGGGAAUCUAUAUUCUGCUGAUGCCUGUUUGACAUGGGAAGGAGCCCCUUUUCAGGGGAGGGAAGCAAUUGCUGCAAAAUUAGCUGGCCUGCCUUUCAAGCGUAUUAAACAUAUAAUCACAGAACAAGACUUCCAACCCACAAUAGACAGCUGUAUCCUCAUCAUGGUGUUUGGACAGCUACAGGUUGAUGACGAUCCACCAAUGGCCUUUCAUCAAGUGUUUAUGCUCAAGUCACAGAACUGUGCAUGGGCUUGCACAAAUGAUGUGUUCCGAUUGGGGAUACACAACAUACCGGUUUAGCAGUUUAAAUUAGUUGGCAUGCACACAUUGACAUCCAGCUUUGAAUUUAUUCCAUAGUCAUGCUGUCAUAGAAAAUGCCAGGAAAUGCAAGAUCCUCCAUGUGUACAAUACAUUUAUAAGCAUGCUUUUUGUGUUGGAGAUGUCAUAUGUAAUAAUACAUUCCUUUCCAAUAAACAUGUUUAUUCAUCAGA